CCGGGGUGGGGGUGGGAGGGGGGCUGAGGGGAGGACCUGAAGGGGGGCGGCAGGGCAAAAGGGACCCCUGGAGCCCUGCCGCCAUCAGAGAUCAAGCAUCUGGCAUCAGGGAUCUUCGGACCCAGCAGAAGGAUCCGCCACAGGGGAGGUGUCCUCCCAGGGAAGCCAACGAGAGAUUCACCUGCCCCACAUCAGGAGUGGGCCCCCCUCACUGACGCUGCUGGCAACCAUAGCAGGCCCCUUAACCCCUCAGUCUCCUCCCCAUCACCCUCCUCAGGCCCUUUCCCCGCCUCCAGCUCUCAUCUCAACUCCCAGUUCCCAGCCCUCUAAGCCCCAGCACCCCCGGCUACCACCUCACCCUCCAGGUCUUGGCCAUACUCACCCCCAUCCUGGGACAUUUGCCAGAUCUCUGGGAGGGAGAUCGUUUGUUUGGGCGAUGCCCCCUGGUGGCAUGACAGCAUCUGCCUAGACCCCUGACCCCUAGCACUCAACUCCCUGGGCCUCCUUUGUGUGAAGAGCCGCCCCUCUGCUCAGCAGCGUGGUUGGGGGCCAAAGGGAAAGCCAGCCCCGGCUGGGCCCCCGGGCCCCACCACUUAUCUCCUUGCUGGGCAGCUCCCCUUGGCCUUUGGGCCUCUCCCUGCUCCCCUCGGCCCCUCCUCCUGGGCCGCCUCAAUGAAGGAGCCGGAUGCCAUCAAGCUGUUUGUGGGGCAGAUCCCGAGGCAUCUGGAGGAGAAGGACCUGAAGCCCAUCUUCGAACAGUUUGGUCGGAUCUUUGAGCUGACUGUCAUCAAGGACAAGUACACCGGGCUGCACAAGGGAUGUGCCUUCCUGACAUACUGUGCCCGGGAUUCAGCCCUGAAGGCCCAGAGCGCCCUGCACGAACAGAAGACGCUUCCAGGGAUGAACAGGCCGAUCCAGGUCAAGCCAGCCGACAGCGAGAGCCGAGGAGAAGACCGGAAGCUCUUUGUGGGGAUGCUAGGGAAGCAGCAGACAGAUGAGGACGUCCGCAAGAUGUUUGAGCCCUUCGGGACCAUCGACGAGUGCACUGUGCUCCGGGGGCCAGAUGGCACCAGCAAAGGCUGCGCCUUCGUGAAGUUCCAGACCCACGCCGAGGCCCAGGCAGCCAUCAACACCCUUCACAGCAGCCGGACCCUGCCAGGUGCCUCGUCCAGCCUGGUGGUGAAGUUUGCUGACACCGAGAAGGAGCGAGGUCUUCGCCGCAUGCAGCAGGUGGCCACCCAGCUGGGCAUGUUCAGCCCCAUCGCCCUCCAGUUUGGAGCCUACAGCGCCUACACCCAGGCCCUGAUGCAGCAGCAGGCGGCCCUGGUAGCGGCUCACAGUGCCUACCUCAGCCCCAUGGCCACCAUGGCUGCCGUGCAGAUGCAGCACAUGGCUGCCAUCAAUGCCAAUGGCCUCAUCGCCACCCCCAUCACCCCAUCCUCAGGAACCAGCACCCCUCCUGCCAUCGCUGCCACGCCUGUCUCUGCCAUUCCGGCUGCCCUGGGCGUCAACGGCUACAGCCCGGUGCCCACCCAGCCCACUGGGCAGCCUGCCCCUGAUGCUCUGUAUCCCAACGGGGUUCACCCCUACCCAGCCCAGAGCCCUGCGGCCCCCGUGGACCCCCUGCAGCAGGCCUACGCGGGGAUGCAGCACUACACAGCAGCCUACCCAGCAGCCUACAGCCUGGUUGCACCUGCGUUCCCGCAGCCUCCAGCCCUGGUCGCCCAGCAGCCCCCACCACCGCCUCAACAGCAGCAGCAGCAGCAGCAGCAGCAGCAACAGCAGCAGCAAAGAGAAGGCCCUGAUGGCUGCAACAUCUUCAUCUACCACCUGCCCCAGGAGUUCACUGACUCAGAGAUCCUCCAGAUGUUUGUCCCCUUUGGCCAUGUCAUCUCAGCCAAAGUCUUUGUUGACCGGGCCACCAAUCAAAGCAAAUGUUUUGGCUUUGUGAGUUUCGACAAUCCGGCCAGUGCCCAGGCUGCCAUCCAGGCCAUGAAUGGCUUCCAGAUCGGCAUGAAGCGCCUCAAAGUCCAGCUAAAGCGGCCUAAGGAUGCCAACCGGCCCUACUGAGGGUCCCCAGGUCUGGAGAUCCCAGAGGAAGGGGCGCCUCACACCCUCUUCCGACUGGCCCUGGCCCUCUCUGCACACCUGCCCUGGGCCUUGACUGGGUUCUGGGGCAAACGCUGCUUCGUGGCCCCAGGGGGCACAAGACACCGGCCCCUCCCACCCCCCUGCCUCUCUGAAGGGCCGUGGCUACGCUUCCCUGGAUCCAAGGGCCCAUUUCCUCCUAGAUGCCCUUUUGGCCUUUGUGAGGGAGCGAGGAACAGGCUCGAAGGUUCCGGGGUAUCUGCCUUCUGCUGGGCUCCUGUGACAGGCCUUCUGUGCCCAGCGUUUGUACUUGCCUCCCCCACCAGUGGGCCUGUUCUACCCGUGCAGGCCCCAGGAGAGCCGCAGGGGCCUGCCACACACUCCCAGCGCACCCUCACCCCAGCCUCUUCCCCACAUUAGGGGUUUCUUGGAAGCUGGCUCUCACUCCCCUCCACCCUCAGCUAGAGGUAGGAUAUCCCUGACUCCUGGGCUCCCAGCCCUAAAACUCACUGCCUCCCCCAAGGGCCCCCUCUUAGGAGGGUGUGGGGGAGCCCUGAGGGCUGCCUCUCUGCCAGUCAGCCACAGAGACCCUCCUCCUUUCACGAGGAAAAGACCUUCCCCUGAACCCCUAAAAAUGUUUACAGUCUCUGCUGGUUCCCUCCGUGUAAAUACCACUACCACCCGUGCGUUAUCCAGCCCGCCCGGCCUGGCCCGGACGCUGCCAUCUCUCUUUCUGGGAGUUUAGACAAUGUUGCCCUUGGAUUUUUUUCUCUCUCUUAAUUUCUCCCUUUGCUUUGGGGGGUAAUUGGGUAUUGGGAGGAGGGGUGUGGGGAGGGGUCAAGGGGUUUAUUACCUGAUCAUUUUCUUUAGGAAGAGGUUUUAGGGAAAAGAAAAUGGGGUGGGGGUGGGGGUGGUAAGGGGAGACCGGGGAGUCAGUUUCAGACAGUUCUCUAUGCUUAACUUAUUUAUUUAUUGCAUUUUACUUUUAAAGAGUUGGUCUUUUCUGUCUAAAUAAAGAAAAAAGUUUAAAAGCAUCAAAUAAGAGUCUUGGAAGGUUGAGGGUAGGGGAUUGUUCCCUGCCCACACUGGGAAGGGGGAGGGAGGUAGAGAAUGAGGUUUGAGAGAAAAUCCCAUCAGGGAAGGCCAGGCCCUUGCUUUUGAGCAGCAUCCAGGCCUUGUUCAUGGCUUCAUGAUCCUGUCCUUCAGCCCUUCUUUGGAGCUUAAUUCUGGAAUGUCCUGCAGAGUUGGGCACAAGGAGAUCUCCCCUGUCGGGGGCUCUCCCCUGUAUCCAGCUCUGUCCCUCUGAAGGCUGAGGACUUGCAGUCUCACAUUUGGACCUCCAUUUCUGCACAGAGGCCAGUGUGGAUACUGGGAGCCAGUUGUGACACCACCAUUUACUAACCACUGCUCCAUAUGUGAUUCUGUUCCAAGUCCUUAUUGUGCAUUUCCUCAUUUUACCUCCUAACAACCUUGUGAGGCAGGAUAUAGUUUAUUUAUUUUACUUAUUUAUUUUGAGACAGGGUCUCGCUCUGUCACUCAAGCUGGAGUGCGAUGGUGAGAUCAUAGCUCACUGCAACACUGAACUGGUUCAGGGGAUCCUCCUGCCUCAGCCUCCCAAGUAGUUACGACUAUAAGCGGCUACACCACCACACCCAGCUCAUUUUUAAAAAUCGUUUUUUUUUUUUGUAGACAGGGUCUUGCUAUGUUGCCCAGGCUGGUCUCAAACCCCUGGGCUCAAGCAAACCUCCAGCCCUGGCCUCCCAAAGUGCUCAGAUUACAGACAUGAGCCACCACACCCAGCCUAGGUAGGAUAUAAUUUUAUAGAUGGGAAAAAGAGGCUUGGAAGGUUAACUAACUUCCCUGGAGUCACAAAGCCAGUAAGGCAUGGCUGUAGGAGUUGAACCCAGUUUGUCAGACUCCAAAGCCCAUGAUGUUCUCUUCUUACCUGUUCUUUGACCUGAGGCAAAGAUCCCAAGAAGUAGCAAGCAGGCUUAGGAGUGAGUCCUUCAGGUAGAGGGUGGACUGCAUAAGCCCUAAGUCCCUCCACUUCCUAGAUUCUUCUCUGUGAGCUGCUUUAGGGCAGGCUCAGGAUCACACAGGUGUCUUCUUUGACUUCAUAGAACAUGUGCUUCUAGGCUGCUACCCCACCCUCAGUAUGUCCCUUCUUAUAAACUUGCUCAACUUCCAGCUCUGAUCUGGCCUCAGGUCAGAGCUCUGUGAAGGCACAACAGUAAAUCCCAACUCACCCCCAGAUCCCUGCCCUGUACUUCUGCUUCUCUUCAUAGACCUCAAACUAAGAAUAGUUAAAAAGAGAAGCAAAAUGCGAAGUGCUAUGCAGAUAUAUAUGUGGACGUUGUUUUAGGGGGAAAAAAGUGUCUCUUGGAUUGGUAAAGAUCAGAAAUGGGACCUUACAAAGAAGAAGAAUCCAGCCAGUAUUCUUAGCCAAGUAGACAGCAUCUGAAAUCUCAACAACACAGAGCUGUAAGUGUGUGUGGGUGUGCUCAGAGAUGAGAAAAAGCCUGUGUAGCAAGGGGGACAGGAGUCAGCAUUUAAUAUCUACAAAUUUCCCCAUGAGCUGCCUCAACUUCAGGGCAGUUUCUAAGUCAGUAUAGAAAGACAGAAGGUGGGUUUUAGACCAAAGGGCAUCUCCCAGAGUGAUUCACUGACUCAGCGGUUCUCUCCUGGGGGGUGAGGGUGGCAACAGGACUGAGAAGCUGCCUCCUUCUUGGCCUCUUCCCAGACCUCAGGCAGCGUCUCGGUGUGGCAGCCCCUGCUGCAACAUCAAUGGCUACUUUUAUUGUCUGUUUCUUCUUCUAAAAUAAUCAAGUUAUGUUCAAACGUUAAUGGCAGCAUAAAGGGAAGAGAAGGAAAAUAACUUCUUGAGCUAGAAGAGUGGAGCUGACAUGUUAAUAGCAGGGACAGAGGGGAGCCUUUUAGUUGUAGAAAUGAAAGCAGACAUUUAGAAAAAUAUCCUCAGUUAGGGAGAUUAAGGUGAUGAGACAAUGGCUGGGGAAAAAAAUAGUCCUAAAUAAUUCCUUCCACGUGUCCCAUCUUCUUUCCAUAUUUUUAAAGCUUUGGAAAGCAUAAACGUAAUGCAAAGUGUCUCUAUUUCCUCGGGUUGGACUCUGCUGGCCUGAGAGCCAGCCUCUCUGACUUUCAGUGUUUCCUUUGUCUUUUAAUUCUCCUGCUAAAAUUUCAAAGCCUUUCACAGCCUUGACUUCAGGUAUUUGUGACUGAAGCAAUUCCCACUCAUGGCCAAGCCCCAUUCUCUUCUCCAAAUCUGGUAACUUGAACAGCCCUGAUCCAAGCCCCUGGUCCUAAUAAGACCCUUGUUCUCUGGCCCCUCUUUCAGUCUAUUUCACAGAGCAGUCAGCUUCUUCUUGCUCCUCAUAAACUUGGUUUCCCUCCAAUAUAUUGCAUCCUCUCACCUGCCUGAUGAAAACCAAGUCCCAGUGAUACGUUUCUAGCCUAAUUUUUGUCCUGAACUCAAUUUUGGUAUUACCUUUUCUCCCUCAGUCUUCAUCAUUAGUAAGCAGCACCACUAGGUACCUACUCAAGCCAAAACUUGGAUUACACCCUUUCUCUCAUGUCUCCUCCCCAAUCCAACUGCAAAGCCCUACUAAGUCUACCUCUAAAGUAUUCAGCUGAUUUACUUACUCAUGUCUCUGCAUCUCCACAGCCAUCAACACUGUCCACGUCACAUUGCUCUCAUCUGUCUCCAUGUUUCUUCUCCUGCUCUCCUACAAUUUGUUCUCCCAAGAAGCCAAGAGUCAUCUUUUAAAAGUUAAUUCACCAACAUUUACUACCUAGUCUGCUUUUGUCCAGCACUGUAUCCUGGUCACCCUAAACAGUGCCCCAAACAUUAGACAUUGCUUAGUAAAUAAGAAAUGACUGUUGGACAUCUAUACUGGAUUUCCCAUCCGUAUCUAAAUCAUCAUAGGGCCAAUGCUAAAACUUUCUCCCAUAAAGUGCCAACUCAUAUAUUUCUAUUUUCUAGUCACAUAGACAGAAAACCUCAAGAGUUUUUAGUACUUUCACAUAAACUCAAUGGUAUUAAAUCAUUUAAGAUUUCACUUCCACAGACUUUCUCAUAUCAUUUCCCUCUUUUCAAUUAUCACUGCCUACACUUAUUAACUGACUAAUCAUAGCAAUUUCCUAAUUGGUCCUUCUGUCUAUGUUCUGAAGCAUCAAUCUUUCUAAAACUGCAGCUAAUAAAAAACAAAACUUCUCUGCUGCUGUUUUUUGUUGUUUUUCAUAGAACACCUCAGCCUGGUAUUCAAGGCUCUUCGAAGUCUUACUUUCCACUUCAUUCCCACACAUACCCAAAUAGAACUAUUCAUUGUUCUCUAGGCAAGUUUGGUCCCUUUUCUCCCAUGUCUUUUCAUUCCCAGUUACUACAGUGUCUGGCAAAUAAUGGCUCAAUAAAUGUUUGUUGAAUGCCUUCUUGUUGAAAUCCUUCUCACACUAAAACAGUUCAGCUUAAACACUACUUUCUUCAUGAAAAUCUUAACGGCCCUCAUCCACAGGUCUUUCUCCUUCCUUUUCUAGUCCUUAUGGCACUUAAACCUUUCACUGCUGUGUAUCAUGGCCAUGCGUAGGUGUCUCAUUCUUCUGUGAGCCUGUAAGCUGGCAGAAAUGUUUCUUUCUUUGCUUUUGUGUCUGUUGCAGUAUCUCAAUCUCCCCACCCCACCCCCAACAGCAGAUACCUAAUAAAUGUUUGACUUUAACCACUGUAACUCUAAUUCUGGAAUUCCACUUUGUUCUUCUUUAUGGAUUCUUUGCUUAGGAAAGGUAACAUUUCCCCCCUCCAUUAGCACAGUAGUGUUUCUUAGAUUUUAAAUAUCCAAAGCUAAUGGGUGGGUGAAUGAAUGAGCCCCUGAACAAUGUCUCUUCCCAAACUGACAAACAAAAUGUCACAAUGGUUCUUGGUCUUAUGGUCAUCAGUUAGGGAACAAAAGCGUGUGGCCGGAAGUUGUAAAAAUAAUAAUAAAUGAAGCUUUAUAAAAAAAUUAAAAUGUCUCACCCACCACAAAUGCUGAGCUUUUCAGACCAGAGUCAGCUCAUAAACAAAUGUGCAGAGAGGAACAGGUACUCUUGAGAGAAGGUAAUUAGGCCCCAGCCCCUCAGAUGCCUCUGCAAAAGCAAAAGGCAGUAGGACCACCCUUCUUCUCAGGAGUGUGGGAGCAGGGGAGAGUAAGGCUACCCACAGUGCCUUGUUUUGUGCUGGACGUUCAAUAGUCAUAAUGUGUUCCUUUCAGUCCAGAUCCCAAAGAGAAAAACUUUCCCGAUUUACCUGAAAAAGAAUAUACCUGUUGCUGGGGGUGGAGAGGAGGGGCCAUUGCUAAGAUCUGUACCAAAGGCUCUGCCAGGCUCUAUCUGCAUGGCAGAGAAAGGAAUCCUGUGAAUCUUCAAAGGAUUUUUGUGCAAGCUUGCAGAUGGGAGGGGUAAGCUCAAUCACCUCUGAGAUCUGAAGGAGAAGAAGGAAUUUUCAAAGGAGCCACUGGGAAGAGAACUGCAAACCAAGGGCCUCCUGUGGCUUCUUUCCUCACCCUUCUCCAUUCCCUGAACUCAAAAAACUGCCCUACUAGUUACCUGGGAAAACUGAUUAGAUGUUUCUUCUUCUUUUCAGACUGACCACUCUGACUCAAAUCUCAAAGGUCCCUGUUCACUUCUUCCCACACAACCCAAAGGAUUCGUAGUCUAGGAAACCAAAGAAGUGUUUGAUCAAUAAAUCAAUUUAUUUAAAAGAAUAUGUUACAAUUAAUUACACUAAGUGACAUUACCAAACAAUUUUAGAGUGGUUAGCUCUAGAACAAGGAAUGAAAGAAACACUGUUAGCCAUUAUUGUGUCUGUGUAUUUUCUCUUCACAUUUCUUAAAUCACAAAUAAAAAAUACAAGAUACUGCAGUGAAAAUACAAUUAGAGUUUCUCUGAAAUAAAUUAAAUGUGCAUGGCCUGGGAAAAACUGAAGCCCAGCUCACUGGCUUAAAAGGGGGUCAUGAUAUAAAAUUAAUGUCCAAGUUAGCAGGCGGCCAAGUGCCCCCACCCCGUAUCACUCCCCUCUUUGAUUCUAUUCCUUACCACAGCCCUGAUCUUCCCACAUACCCUAGAUUAUUGCUGAGGAGUGAGCUGAUGCUGUCCUGGCAGCAAUGAGGCCUGGCGUGAUGUGCUCAGGUUUAGGGGAACAGGAAGUCAAGAGGUGGACCUGGAAGAUGGGGAGCUAGAGAAGCAUACCCACUACCUCUCUUCUCCCUCCCUCUGAGUGUUCUAUCACAUCAUCCUCCAAAAGGAAGCUACUGUGACACAAUGAAGCUGGUGAAGAAACAGCAGUAUGCUGGGGUCAACAGAUGAAAGAGCUUCUACUGCUGAAUGAAUCUAGCCAAACAGUAUGAUGGUGAGAAGGGAGAGCACAGCAGUCCCUCCUGGUCUGGAAAAUUCAGGUCAACUAGGAUGCAGUCCCCUUCAAGAAAACUACCUCCUAGGAGCCCAGCCCAGAAGUUGGCAAAUUCUGAGAUAGGAGAGAGUGUCAUCUCCUGUCAGUGCCCUAUUUUGCUGCUCCAAGUGCUGGGUUUGGAGCUACAGGAAGGGACAACCCAAAGCUACUGGCCUGGGUAACUAAAGGAUGAAACUAAAUGGGCCAGGCAUGAGGAUGUUGGAAUAUUUAUUUAAUUCCUCCCUGAGAGCUCGGUCCAGGCCUAGGAGCUGCCCUGAGCACGCACAUAUCUGUACCUGUGUUUAGGCCUAGGGUAAGGACAGGGCAGAAAAAUGGAGAAUAGAAUAAACAUAUAAAGAGCAGAGGGCCCAAAGCAUGGCCCAAGGGAACCUUUCUGCAGGGACAGGUUUCUCAGGGUCUACAUUUUCUCCUGGGCCAUAAAAAGCUCUGAGCUUCUACCCCAGACGAUAGAAACCAAGUGUGGAGGAAGGCCAGUGAGAGACCAGGAGGAUCCUGCUGGUUCUGCUGGGAUGAAGGUGGGGGCACUGGGAGACCCCCUCUUUCCAGGGACAAAUUGCAAAAGAAGUCUGGGUAGAAGCCUCCCUGGGCAGAAGCUGGGACUAAGAAGAACAGUAGGGAUUACAGAAAGGAAGUGCAGAGGAAGGGGAGAGAGAAGAGUCACAACUAACACUGCUUCAUGCAAAGAAGGGCUUGAUCCUAUGGGAUCCACACAGCCACAGGGAACCCGCCUCCAUCACCCAAGACCGUGCAUGGGUGGAAGAGAAGAAGGCGCUGUCCUUUGGGGUGCCCUCCUUCCCCACCUCCUUGCUGCAGCUGGGUGCUUUGUUACUGGGACACUUUCAAGAAGGGCUGUUCCUAAAUAAAUUCUGCCAACAGGCCAACUACCUAUAGGGCCCUCACCUAAUCUCCAAAGCACCAAGUGAAUGCUAUGCCAGAAAGGGAACAUAACACCAGCUACCCAUUCUAAGGGGCCUCCAAAUCCCUAUGUCUCAUGUCUGAAGGUCAGCAUUCAAGCUGUCGCAUGGAAUCCCAGCUCUGUUCAUUACUGUCCCACUCUGAGCAAGUAGGGACAAAUUGCUAUUUUUACAGUUUGAACAAAGCUGGUGCCAAGUCUCUUUAGCAUCUAGGAGUGGGAAAUCAACAUGUCUUCUUUUCAGGGUCCUUUGGCUCAUUUUAAAUUCAUUUAAACCAAAAGAAGUUAGUUCUGUGUCAAAGUCUUCAAAUUAGGGAUCCCUCUGCAACUUUACACAUUCAGCAUUCUUACGUUUUGUACUCUGUGAUUCCACCUAGAUUUGGAGAAGGUGAGGGAGGAAAGGCUGUCCUCUUUGAUCCCAUACCAUGCAGGGACAAACGGCUGCCAGGAUAACAAAAUAAGAAAGAAAGAAAGAAAGAAAAGUGGGCCAGUCACAGUGGCUCACUCCUGUAAUCCUAGCACUUUGGGAGGCCGAGGUGGGCAGAUUACUUGAGGUCAGGAGUUCAAAACCAACCUGGCCAUCAUGGUGAAACCCCGCCCUACCAAAAAUACAAAAAAUUAGUGGGGCGUGGUGGUGUACACCUGUAAUCCCAGUACUUGGGAGGCUGAGGCAGGAGAACCGCUUGAACCCAAGAGGCGGAGGGUGCCGUGAGCCGAGAUCGUGCCACUGCACUCCAACCUGGGCGACAGAGCAAGACUCUGGAAAAAAAAAAACAAAAAACAGAAAACAAAAAAAAAAGGAAGAAAGGAAGGAAGGGGAAAGAAAAGUGGCCUCACAAUGAUUUGCAACAAGAAAUUACAAAAAAGAGAUGAAAGAAGGAAAGAAAAAGAAGGAAAGCAAAAGAAAGAGAAAGAAAGAAAGAAAGAAAGAAAGAAAGAAAGAAAGA